CAGCAGCGGCGCCUGCACCGCCUGGAAGCCGCCCCGGCGCGCGCUGUCAAGGAGUACGCGCGGCCAGCGGCUGGCAAGGCGCGGCCUCCCCCGAGCCAGCUGCGGCCGCCGCACGUUCUGCUCGCCACUGUGCGCUACCUGGCGGCAGAGGUAGCUGGCAGGGCCGACGUGCCCGCGCCCGAUGUGGCUGCUUUUGUGUGGGACCGGCUGCGCGCAGUGCGCCUGGACCUGCUCCUGCAGCCCACCGCGCCCCCGCCAGAUGCCGCCGCCGUGCUCGAGGCCGCGCUCGCCUGUCAACUGUGCGUAGCGGGCCCGUCUGGUGGCGGUACCGCCCGGUGCCCGGACUCGGGGCUGGACCCACAGCUGCUGCACGCGCAGAUGCAGGAGGCCUUUGGCUCCUUGCGCCGCUGCUAUGCAGACACCCCCGGCCCCGAGGCCCAUCCGCGCCAGGGCUUUUUCCAAGGCCUCUUCCUGCUCUAUAACCUCGGCUCUGUGGAGGCCCUGAACCAGAUCCUGCUACUGCCCCGAGGCUUGCGCUCCUGCCCUGCCCUGUGCGAAGCCCUGGCUGUGGAUGCCGCCUUCCGAGAGGGCAACGCCGCGCGCCUCUUCCGCCUUCUCCGGGCCCUGCCUUACCUGCCUAGCCUUGCCGUCCAGCGCCAUGUAGGACCGGCCCGCAGCAGAGCCUUGGCCGCUCUGGCCCGGGCCCUGGGCGUUCCCAGUGGCCAAUCUUACCCGCUGGCCCACCUGGCCCGCCUCCUUGCCAUGGACAGCUUAGCGGAGACCAAGGCGCUGUGCCAGGCCCACGGGCUGGACGUGGAGGGGAAAGCCGGGGAGGAGCGGGCCCUGUUCGUGCGGGGCCACUUCUCCGAGAACGCGCCCCUCCCAGCCCUGUCCUGUAGCCUGCUGGUGAACAGCAAGUUAAGGGGGCAGACUCUGGAGCAGGUGGUCAUGGGGGAGGCAGCGGAAGACUCGGAGUCGGGGGCGGGGGACCGGGUGGGGGUCACUGCGGACCUUCCCCAGACUGAGCAGGAGGCGGAGGAAGCCCAUCCCAGGACGCCUAGGUGAAGGGGAGAGCGGCCCCAACAUCCUCAGCCCAGGCCCCCUCCCGACUCAGUAAGUAUGAGGCUGGGUCAGGCCGGAGGGGAAAAUGGAUUCCUUGGAGGUGAAUGAGACCCGCAGCAGCCCUGCCCUGCAUCAGAGCACCCUCCAUCACCGGGCCUUGUGAUGUGGAGGGAUUUGAACUCAGCCCAGAGUCUCCUGCCCCGCUUGGACCUCUCCGCAGAGAAAGAGUGCCUCAGGGAGGCUGAGGCUAAUAAUAAAGGACCUUCUU